AUUGCUACCCUGGACAUGGUUCUGGAGUGAGGUGUUGGCUCACUUUGGGGUUACCACUUAAACAGUAAACAACUUCUCGAUAUUUUUAAUCAAAAGUUCAUAAUCAACGAAAAGAAAAAAAAAAUAAAAUUAAAUAAAACAACAUUUGCAUUGUUUAUCAGUGGUUAAUUAAGAUGUUUUUCAUCGGUUUACGUGUAUUCCUCGUUGGAAUUAUUCUGGUAGUUGUUGAUGGCCUAGCAAUUGGACUUCUCGAGGAUGUAACUAAAGCUGAUCAAGUCAUGCGACCAAAAGUUAAAAGAGCACAAGAAUUACUUAUGUUUGGAAAUCAACAAAAUCGUAGACCAGAAAGUCCAUCAGCAAUUGCAACAGAUGAUCUAACACCAAGUGCUGAAAAACGAACACUUGGAACAUCUGGUCUUGAAGAUGUUAAAGCAGCACUAGCAGAUGGUGAAACAUUUAAUCAUCAAAAUCCAAAACAACAAAUUACAUGGGGUCAUCUUGGUGAAAGUAUUCCUCAACGUGAACAAAACUAUGAAUAUGGCAAAGUUAUGAUGAACGAGGUCAAUGAUGAAUUACCAAGAGUCUGGGAUUUACAACCCUAUCCAAGAUAUUUUGGCCUCGAUGAUGAACGUCGUAAGCGUUCUGAAAAAACAAGUGUUCCAUCAUCAGUAUCACCAACUCAAUCAACAACAACAACAACAACAACAAAAUCACCAUCAGUAACUUUAUCACCAUCUCAAAAAAUAUCAACAUCAAGUACCCAGCGACCAAGCACUCGUCUUCAACAAUCAAAAAGAAGUUUGCCAUUGGUUUAUCAAGAGCCACGAUACAAACGUGCUCUUAUUGAUCGUGAGGACCUUUUGACAUUGCUUCUUCUCUUGGAAAAUCAACAGCCACGUAACAGAAACUGGCGAAACUGGGGAAAUGAUGAGUAUGAAAAUAUUGAAGAUGAUGGAAGUUAUCCAGUAAUUGAAGAUGAAGAUUCAAGAGGUAAUGCACAAGUGGAUAUACCAGUUUAUGCACCUCGUCAUUUUGGUAUUGGUUCUGAUAUAACACCAUCAGAAAUUGGAAUACCAAGAACUCAUCCAAUUAAUUCAUAUGAACAAUAUAAUAAUCAAUACACACCAUAUGAAAAUACACAGUAUGGAAAUGCUCAAUAUGGCUCUUUAUAUCCACAUUCAAAUUAUGAUCAACAGCAGCCCGAUAAAAGAUUUAUGAUUUCACGUAAACGUUCACAGGGCUAUGAUAAUUAUUCAGGACGUAAUUUAAAUGAUGUCAUUGGUUAUUCACAAUUAAUGAAUACACAACAACAGGGAUAUGGUAAUUAUCCACAGGGAAUGUUAUAUUAAUUUAUUAUAAUUACCAAAAUCCAAAUGAAAUAUAUAAAUUGCCUAAUUUGGACAUAAAGUGUCUUCGGAAUGAAUAAAAUAACUUGAAAAAUAUAUAAAAUAUUUAUAAAAUGUUUUUUUUUUUAUUUUUUUUAUCUCUCAUUUCGAAAUUAUUCAAAUUCUUUUUUUAUUGACAAUUUCUUGUAAUUAAAUUUUUAAAUUUUUUUAAAUUUAAAUUUUACUUAAAAGAAAUUGAUUAUUUAAUUUUUUUUAUUCAUAAAUAUACAUAACUAUAUAUUAAACUAUAUCGUGCAAAAAAAAAAAAGAAAAAAAAAAAUAUGACUGAUAUAAUAACUUUUUUUUUUAUAAUUAAUAAUUAAUUUGAAUAUAUUUAAAUUAAUUAAAUUUAUUGAUAUCACGUUUUUAUUAAAAAUGAUUAUAAAGUAAUAUAAAUAAUUGAUAAAUAAUAUUUUUUCUAUAUUCAAAAUAACAAAGAAAAUAGUCAUGUUUUUUUUUUUUUUUUUUUUAUUUCAAAGAUAAAAAUCACCUAAAUGUUAGAAAGAAAAAAAAAAUAUAUAUAUAAAUGAUAUCUCGAGAUAGUAAAUAAUUGUCAAUCUCUAAAUAAUAGCUAAUGGAUAAAACAAAUCAACAAAAUAAUAAUAAUAAUAAAAUAAAAUAAAGCUUUACAACCGUAUCUACUUCCUGUUUUAAUAAAACUCUGCUUAAAUUUUGCAACAAUUUGCAAUAAAAGUGAGUUGAUUUCCACAAUAAAAAAAAGAUUUAAAUAAAAAUCAUAUUACAGAGAGUUUUGCUGUCAAUUAAAUUGCUUUGUUAUAAAUUAAUUAAUCACAAAAUAAUGCGAUUAAUAAAAGACUUGUUUUAUUUUUUAAAUUAAAAAAUAUUGAGCGCCUUUUUUAAUGAGACUUGCAUAUGGAAAUAUAAAUAAAUAAAUAAAUAAAUUGUCAAUUGACAAUUUAAAAUCCAUGGCUAAAUAAUUAAUUAUUUUCAGGAGUGAUCAAAGACUGUUUUAAAUCAACAAUAUACUUAAAUUCUUUAAAUAAAUAAAAUAAAUAAAAUCAUUAAUUUACAUAAACUGAAAAAAAAAAAAAAUUUCCAUAAGUAAUUGUCUUGAUUAAAAUAAAAAUUUCUCUUGCACAAUAAUUUAUUUAUCAAUAAAUAAUUAAAAUUAAAAUUCUUGUUAGAAAAUAUAUAGUAUUAAUAUGUCAUUUAUGUAUUAAUUUUUUUAAUUUUUCUUUUGGCAAUGCUCAAGUAUUCUCACUUAUUCAUAAGACAGCACUAUUUUCAUUUUAAUUUAAUAUUUAAAAUAAAUGUUUUAAAUGUAAAAAACAAGAAAACAACAGAAAACAAACAUAAUGGCAAAUUAAUAUGAAUAAGUUAUAGUCAUUUUACUGGCGUUAGAUAUUUAUAUAAAAGAAAAAAAAAAGAAAAAAAAAAUAUAUAUAGUAUUUUAUUAUUAAAGAAUAAAAAGGUGCUAAUUAAACAGCUGAUGGAAGUCGGGUAAGAUUUUUAACUAUACGUAAUAUUUAUUGUUUCGCAAAAAAAAAAAAAAAAAAAAACCAUAUA